CACCUAGAGCUGUGCGCACGCAACCGCUGUCGCUGCCUUCCCUUUAUAUCUACCCGCUCCCGCUCUCCAACAGCUCCAUCGUCUAUCUCUCUGCUCCAUCUCUCUCCCAUCCCUCCCCCUCCAUCAUCGACCAUCCAUCCUCUCAAUCCCAUCGAGUAUUCGUCUGUCCUUGGCGUCCUUCGCAGCUUCAGUUUCCUUCUCUGUCAUCACAACCAGCGUCUCCGGUAGACUCUACUCACCACCACAACACCGCCCAUCAUGAGAGGCUUCAUCGGUGCUGUGGCCGGCCUGGCCGCUGUUGCCAGCGCUACCCCCUCUCUCUCUAUUGAGACUGUCCACGACGGCGCUGCACCCCUCCUUUCUUCCACCAACGCCGAGGCUGUCCCGAACUCAUACAUCGUCAAGUUCAAGAAGCACGUCUCGGACUCCGGCGCCUCGGACCACCACAACUGGGUCCAAAACAUUCACUCCUCCGCUCAGGAUGAGCGUCUUGAGCUGCGCAAGCGUGGCCAGGAGCCCCUGGUUGACGAUGUCUUCCACGGCUUGAAGCACACAUACAAGAUUGGCAAGGACUUCUUGGGCUACGCCGGUCACUUCGAUGAUGCCACCAUCGAGAAGGUCCGGAGGCACCCUGACGUCGAGUUCAUCGAAGUCGACUCCGUUGUCCACACUCAGGUUCCCGUCAAGUCCCAGGUUGAGGACAAGUGUGACGGCGAGCUCGAGAAGCUGGCCCCCUGGGGUCUGGCUCGUGUUUCCCACCGCAAGUCUCUCGGCUUCGGCACAUAUGACAAGUACCUCUACGCUGAGGAUGCUGGUGAAGGUGUUGAUGCCUACGUUAUCGACACCGGCACCAACGUCGACCACGUCGACUUCGAGGGCCGUGCCAAGUGGGGAAAGACUAUUCCCUCUGGUGACCAAGAUGCUGAUGGCAACGGUCACGGCACUCACUGCUCCGGCACCAUCGCUGGCAAGAAGUACGGUGUCGCCAAGAAGGCCAAUGUCUACGCCGUCAAGGUUCUCCGCUCCAACGGCUCCGGCACCAUGUCCGACGUCGUCAAGGGUGUUGAGUGGGCUGCCACUUCCCACACUGAGCAGGUUCAGGCCGCCAAGGAUGGCAAGCGCAAGGGCUUCAAGGGCUCCGUCGCCAACAUGUCUCUUGGCGGUGGCAAGACCCAGGCUCUCGAUGCUGUUGUGAACGCCGCCGUCGAUGCUGGUAUUCACUUCGCCGUCGCCGCCGGCAAUGACAACGCCGAUGCCUGCAACUACUCCCCCGCCGCUGCUGAGAAGGCCGUCACCGUCGGUGCUACUGAGCUCGGCGACCGCCGCUCUUACUUCUCCAACUACGGAAAGUGCACUGACAUCUUCGCUCCCGGCACCAACAUCAAGUCCACCUGGAUUGGCAGCAAGUACGCCGUCAACACUAUCUCCGGUACCUCGAUGGCCUCUCCCCACAUCUGCGGUCUCCUGGCCUACUACCUUUCCCUCCAGCCUGCUUCUGACUCUGAGUACUCUGUUGCUCCCAUCACCCCCAAGAAGCUCAAGGAGGCUCUUAUUGCCGUCGGUACCGUCGGUGCCCUCAGCGACAUUCCCCGCGAUACCCCCAACGUCCUUGCCUGGAAUGGCGGUGGCUGCAACAACUACACUGCCAUUGUCAAGGCUGGUGGCUACACUGUCAAGCAGGAGUCCAAGGAGACCACCAUUGAUGACCUCGAGAAGGCCAUCGAGGAGGACUUCGAGGUUCUCUCUGGCAAGGUUGUCAAGGGUGCCAAGAGCGUCGGCACCAAGGCUGAGAAAUUCGCCAAGAAGAUCCACAACUUGGUCGACGAGGAGCUUAAGGAGUUCCUCAGGGAGACCUCCUUGUAAGCGUUGUACUAGAGCGCUAGAAUGGUCUUUUAUUUCCUUUUUCUUUGGGUCCAUGAGAGUGUACGCAUAGGGUUAUUGCGGGAUGGGACAGGAUGGAUGCAUCGCUUUCAUAGCUACAUACAGAUCUCAUAGCACAACCAAUAAGUUUUUAAACUGUAA